AUGCCUGCGUGGAUGUGGUUGUUCUAUGCCACCAUCGGCGCCCUGUAUGUCGCAGGCCACUGCUUCCGCCUCCUUCGCCACCUCGCACUCUGCCUGAGAAAGCCAAAGGACCUCCGCCGGCGCUACGGCUCAUGGGCCGUCAUCACCGGGCCGACGUCGGGCCUCGGGUGGUCCAUGGCCAUGGAGCUGGCGCGCGCGGGUCUCAACCUCGUCCUCGUCGGCCGGGACCCCGCCAAGCUGCAGGACGUGUCCGACAAGAUCGCGAGGUGCCACGGCGUGCAGACCAGGACCGUGGUGUUCGACCUCUCCCUGGUGUCGACGGCGCAGGGGGACGAGGCGAUGCGCCGGCUCCGGGAAGCCAUCGAGGGGCUGGACGUCGGCGUGCUGGUGAACAACGCCGGCGUGAACAAGCCCGGCGCGCUGUACCUGCACGAGGUGGAGGUGGAGUCGCUGAUGAGGAUGGUGCGCGUGAACCUCCAGGCGCUCACGGAGGUCACCGCCGCCGUGCUGCCGGGCAUGGUUCAGCGGCGGAGGGGCGCCGUCGUCAACAUCGGGUCCGGGUCCACGCUGGCCGUGCCCUCGUUCCCACUCUACUCCGUCUACGCCGCUACCAAACGGUAUGUUGCUGUGUUCUCGAAAAACCUUUACGUGGAGUACAAAAGUAAAGGAAUCGAUGUUCAAUGUCAGGCCCCGUUCUUCGUGGCGACCAGGAUGGUGUCCAGUGCCGUGCGAGACAAGUGGCUCUCGCCGCUCGUCCCCACACCAGACGCCUAG